AUGAAAUGUUUAUUGUCAGACAUUUCUCGAUAGGCUUUCCGCGAUCGUGUGAUACUGUGUUGUUGAAGUAACAGUCUAAUAAACAUUUGGACAGUUACACGGAAAUCAUGGCACUGAACGUGUACGACACCGGAAAUAAAGCAGAAAAUGUAAGCAGAAAAGAGUUGUUGACAUGGGUAAAUAUCAGACUCGAGGGAACAUAUGACAGGAUUGAGGACAUGUGUACUGGAGCAGCGUACUGUCAGUUUAUGGACAUUCUGUACCCCGGAGUUGUUAACCUCAAGCGGGUACUUUUCUCCACCAACCUAGAACACGAAUUUAUUCGGAACUUCAAGCUACUCCAAACUGCUUUUACGGACCUCGGUAUAAACAAAGACAUACCAGUAGCGCGUCUUGUGAAGGGUAAAUUUCAGGACAAUUAUGAGUUUCUUGUAUGGUUCAAAAAGUUUUUCGAUGCAAAUGACGAUAAUCGGAUAUACAACGCAUCUGAGGCCCGGUUCGGCUUUUCACUUGGCUCCAAGACCAGCCGUCCUCGCACAAACAUAUCUUUAAGGGAGACGAAUUCAAGAAGCCGAAGUCAGAGGAGCAUGCAGUCAGAAUACAGUCAGAACAGUAAUCUGUCGGACGAUAACCUGACAUCACGAGUCGUCUCACACUUCGAAAGUCCUAACAGAAAGUCUAGCCUUGUAAAUUCCGAGACCAACAGUGUUCCGGCAUCUGCGUAUAUGGUGAAUGUCCAUAGUAAAGCUAGACAAAGUCACGUUACUACAGCUUCCUCUGGUAGCAUUAGCCUUCCCAUCACAGCUGACAGUACACGACCAAACUCGCUCAUCAAACCGCCUAGUACAGUAAUCAGUGACAGGUUAUCUCGAGUUGAUAUCUCAAUGAACGAGAGCUCAAAAAUUCGGCGCGAGUCGCAUUCCUCGAGGGAGCAGAAACGAAGAACGGAGAUGGAGGAACUUGUGAUGAUUGGUCUCCGACUGGAAGAGUUAUACAUGUCAGUCAGGGCUAUGGAGAAAGAGAGAGAUUUUUACUACGAAAAACUUUUGAAUGUUGAAACGUGGUGUUCACAGCAGGAGAAUAGUGCACCUUUGGAAGCUUUAGAGGCCAUCCUAUACUCAGAGGAUGAGUUUGAGCUCUCCAAGGAGCGAUUGAACUCUGUGGUAGCAGAUGAUGUGCAAGAUGGGCAAUAACUGUUGCUGGGGAAUGUAACUAUCACUUCAAAUGACAUUCGGGUUUGUUUUCAGCUUACAUGUUUACAGUUAUCUGUGUACACAAAAAGUGCAAUGUAACAAUAAUUGCAGAUUCUCUGUGAACAUCCACGGGGCAUCAAAAUUGUAAACUAUUCAUAUCAGUUUCAUUUCAAUUGCAUGUGUAUCUAUUCGAUUACAAUAACAUGCCAAAAUAUCUUUACCAAUCUUACAUUGCUGUGCAUUUCCUUAGGCGUUGACCCGAAUUUUUCUAAUAUAUUGAGUGAUAUCUUCUUUGCCUCAUAUAAGCGGUGAAUAAAGAUGAUGCGAUUCGUGUAAUGUGUCGGAAACAUGACAUUUCAUAUUCAGAAUUGUUUCUUUAUAUUGUAAAUCUAAUCAAACUUGUGAUUUGAAUGGUAGCAUUUGAUACCCCAAGAUAUAAAAUUGUGCUAUCCA